AUGGGCUGUAGCAGAGGAUUAGUUUCUGGAAGUGGUCCUGUGGGCUUUCCAAAAGAACUUGGGCUUUCUAUCUCAAAACUCAACAAAGCCCAGCCUGACAACGGAGAUGGUGGUCCUCCAGUUGACGAAGACAACGAAGAUCAGGAGAUACAGUGUCGGGAUGAGCCAUUCGAAGAGGCUGCUUUAGAAGAUGGAAACCACUAUCAUAGCGAAGACAAGAAAGACUUUGAUGCACCUGUUGAGUUCGAACCGCGCUUGCGACUGCCCGUUGGAUCUAAUGGCUUUGAUGAUGUUAACACAACCUGUUUGUUUUCCGAUGGGAGUGUUCAAAGACUUGAACGCUCAACUGACAACUCACGAAGUGAAGAUUAUGAACGCGCUUGA